AUGCCUUUGGUUCCGCAUCCGGAAGGUUGGAGACGGAGUACUGAUUGUGCUGAAGUAAUUACUGAAUCAAUUAUAAAGGAUCUAUAUAGUUUUUUACGUCAAGAUAACGGAGAUAGCAAUACUUUCGAAGUGUUCUCGGACCGACAUGUCGAAUGUAGCGACGAUCAAACGUUUCAAGACCAACUUUACAAUAUACAGAAGCAACCUGGAAAACCAUAUGACAACCCUGAAUUUUAUACACCUUCAACAACAAACGUAUCGACAAGCACGCAAGAUCAGAAGCCUCAUUUGAUAGCAUAUAGCGGUAGUAAAGUACGACAUGCUGCAAACGAAUCUGUACUCGAUUCGGGUAAGUUUCAAGUGUCACACGACUGCAUAGCUCGCACGAUGGUACAAACACCGGCCGAUAAGCAUACUUCUGUUCCAUCACAUGCGAGCGCGAAUCUGUUCAGAUACAAUUCUUUUCAUUUAGAAUCGACUCGAAUGCGGUCGCAGCCACAGGAUGCUGGUGAGAAUUUACAGUAUCAAGUGAAAUCCAGUUCGAGCCUAUACAACAACAAGAUUCAUCCCGUGGGUUGUGGAGACCACAUGUCUAAGACCAUCGCACGAAACGAUGGACAGCUGCUACAGACACAUUUGCCACCUGCGGUCCAAUUGUCUGCAAUUGAGGAAGAAUUGGGCUUAAAGUUAUUUGUAAGUAUAGCGAGCAACAGAUCGCGCUCCUUAUCGCCCACAGAUUCGUGGAAAAGGCCCAAGCGCCAGCGAUCAAACACAAGCCCAACACCGGGGGAUACAAUCAGAGGCCUUGGCCGCUCAUCAUUUACAGAAGAAGCUUAUUUGGCUGAUAAAAUGUGGUCUAUUGAUAUCCUCAACGAACAAAGGCGAAACUCUAGCAGCUCUGGCAGUAAGUGUGAUGUGAUCUUGGGCAGUAGGCUGCUAGCUCACGAACUGCAGAAGCGAUACGAUACGAGGACAAACACCAGACCAGCACCCACUGCAAUUCCCUCUACAGAUAAAAAUAGUGAGAACCUCGACCUCAGUACUGAAGCGCAAACUGGUGGAAGAGACACAGACAACAAAGUGCGGCACACCGAUACUUCAGUGAAGACAGUAAAGCAAACUACCGGCCCAAAACCUUGCACCAAAGUCAGCAAGGCCAAGGGAAGGAAAAGUAAGAAGCAACAACAAAUGCAGCAACCGUACAUGUACUCGCAACUCUUGAACGACCCAAACCGGUGCCCCCAAAGGUCGGAUGUGAAUACCGAUGCGGAGUAUCUCGCUGUUGUUAUGGCGUAUGAGCACAAUCAACAAGCACGGUCCCAAAAACUCAAAAAGAAGGACAACCCCGAGUCCACAACAAUAGGGCAGACUGAAGACCGACUGCAGCUUCGAGGUCAGAUUCACACCGUUGGGGCCAAUGAGUCAUCAACCAAGCCUGCUGAUGUAAUAGAAGUGGAACAUGGUAAGCAACCGAAGUCUAAUGAGACACAGUUAGUGAGAGCACCGUGCACUGCGGCGCAAACUAAACCUAACGUUCGUAGAACGAUCACAGCCAAUGUUGAACGCCGGCUCAGCCUGCAGCCCUACAGUACCUACACGAAAGUGAGCUCAAGAACUUCUGCGGGUGCUCCGGAUAUGGCUUUACAAAGUCAGCCUACUCGGCUGGAUGUGACAGACGAUUCGUACCUGACAGGGAACACACAGGCACUUACCAAUCCAUUUGCUCAGGACUCAACCUGCACCUCCGCGGCAACGGACCCCAGCAGCCUUCGUUGCGCACUGUCAGACAAUUAUGGGAGACAGGCUUCGCAACAAUUCCCGUCGCCCGGGUUUCCGGUCCGAAAAACAUAUACAAGUGCAAGUGCCAUAGGUGCCAAUACAACGACGGGGUUUAGAAACAGCUAUACUCCAACCCACUUUGAACCACUUCGACAGCGGAAUGUACGGGAUGCAAGUGUGUUACAGUCCAUCGGCCCCCAAGACUUUGCCAAAGAUAAACCACGUGCGUCUGUAUUCAAUUUCGAACUAGCACGGCCUGAUACCAUGCGGCGGCAAAGAAGUAUGUGCUCGCCCCAUACAGCGCUGCAGGAGAGCUUAGAGUCAACCCAUCCACACACCACUGACCACCAGUCACCGUCUAUCUCACAGUACCUCAGGUACCCACACCCCAGUCAUGAGGCAACAACACCUCACCUACACCAACAGCAACAACAACAACAACAGCAACAACAACAACAACAGCAACAACGACAACAACAGCAACAACAGCAACAACAACAACAACAACAGCAACAGCAACAACAACAGCAGCAUCGGGAGAAAUGGCAUCGACGACACCAGAGCUACAACUAUGCACCACCCGCCGCACUGCAACGCACGCUCAGUGCCAGGAGCACGACAUCCGCAGGGGCGGUGAAGCUACAGAAUACGACACAGCCACACACCACCACAGCCACCUAUUCCCACAAGGAACACAGUGCUCCAUGGCUUACCAGUACACGGGCUGGUAAGGCAAACGACACUCAGGGGGACUCGAUCAGCUACACCGCUCAUGGCGGCGAAACGAGCACACGCCAACAACACAAUCAGCAGCAACAACACCAACAAGCCGGUGCAAUGCAUGAGCAUAACAGACUCUCAGCCGAGAGUCUGGGUCAGCCACGUCGCAUGCCACGGUCGACUGAGUCCGCUCAGAGACAGAGCAGCCAGCCUGAGAUAGACCAGAUGAUCCAUGAGAUAUCCGCCUUCCUAGGCUCCACUUGA